AUGAAUCACUACCCUCAAGCUUGGGGCAGGCCCAGAGAUGAUGUUUAUGGCCCCUAUGAUGCGUCCUACCUCCAGACGUCGAUGCCCAAGACACAUACACAAUCGCCAGCGGUCACAGGUACAUCAGUACUGGGAGUCAAGUUCAAGGACGGUGUAGUCCUCGCCGCAGACAAUCUUGCUUCCUACGGAUCUCUUGCCAGAUUCACAGAUGUCAAACGCCUGCGAACAUUCCCUCCUAACACUGUGAUCGGCUUUGGCGGUGAUGUUUCUGAUAUGCAAUACUUCGACCGACUCCUAUCAUCCUUGGACAUACGAGAAAACUACCUCUCUUCAACUGAACACAGCCUCAAUGCAAGGAAUCUACAUACAUACCUGUCGAAAGUUCUGUACAAGAGACGAAGUGACUUCAACCCACUCUGGAACCAGUUGCUUGUAGCCGGAUUGGAUGAAGACGACCAGCCUUUCCUCGCAAGCGCCGACCUGCUGGGAACUACAUUCUCCAGCCCGACUCUGGCCACAGGCUUUGGUGCGCAUCUAGCUCAACCAUUGCUGCGGAAGUUGAUGCCAAAGGAUGAGCAGAGUGUGAAGGAUGUGACAAAAGAAGAGGCGAUCAACGCAGUCAAGGAAUGCAUGAAAGUUCUAUUCUACAGAGAUGCCCGGAGUUUAGACAAAUACAGCAUCGCGGUCGUGACCAAGGAUGGGAUUGAGUUGAAGGAAGAUGAAAAGCUGGAAGACCAGAGCUGGGCAUUCGCGGACCAGAUUCGAGGCUACGGCACCCAAGUCAAUUAA